CUCCUCACUUCUUCACAACCCAAAAUCUCCGACUUAAUUACAUCAUCUUUCUUAGCCUUCCCUCUCCAUCAAUUAUUUUUUUCUCACUUCCCAAACACUUUUUACAGAAUCAUGGGUGUGUUCACAUAUGAAACCGAGAUCAACUCUGUCAUCCCCCCUGCUAGGUUGUUCAAUGCCUUUGUUCUUGAUGCUGACAACCUCGUCCCAAAAAUUGCACCACAGGCAGUAAAGAGCACCGAGAUCCUUGAAGGAGAUGGAGGCGUUGGAACCAUCAAGAAAAUUAACUUUGGUGAAGGUAGCACUUACAGCUAUGUGAAGCACAGAAUUGAUGGGAUUGACAAAGAGAACUUCGUGUACAAGUACAGUGUGAUUGAAGGAGAUGCAAUCUCUGAGACAAUUGAGAAGAUCUCAUAUGAGACUAAGUUGGUGGCAUCUGGCAGUGGUUCUGUCGUCAAGAGCACCAGCCACUACCACACAAAGGGUGAUUUUGAGAUCAAGGAAGAGCAUGUUAAGGCUGGCAAAGAGAAGGCCUCCCACCUCUUCAAGCUCAUUGAGAACUACCUCUUGGAACACCAUGAUGCCUACAACUAAAUUUUCAUAGCUGUAUUAUUCAAUCUUAUGUCCUCUUUGGCAUUCUCUUUGUUCUUUUUCCUUCGAAAAUGGUGUUUGGCUUGUGCUUGGAGCUUUUGAUUGAAGAGUGAAUGUUGUAUUUCCUUUCAUUU